AUGGCACAACAACAGCAAAUUAAUGGAAAUGGUGCGGCAGAUUUAAGUUUAGAUGAUUCAAAAAAACAAGGAACACGAGUCUUCAAGAAAAGUAGUCCUAAUUCAAAGAUUACAUGUUAUCUGGGAAAAAGAGAUUUUAUCGAUUAUAUGGAUCAUAUAGAUCCAAUUGAUGGAGUUGUUCUAAUCGAUCCUGAAUAUGUUAAAGAUCGUAAAGUAUAUGCAUGUGUAUUAGCAGCAUUUCGAUAUGGUCGAGAAGAUCUUGAUGUACUUGGUUUAACAUUUCGAAAAGAUUUAUUUUGUUCAACUCAACAAAUUUUUCCUCCUAUUGAUGAUCAAAAAAAACCUUUAACUUAUUUACAACAACGUCUUUUAAGAAAAUUAGGACCAAAUGCAUAUCCAUUUUAUUUUGAAAUUCCUCAAAAUGCUCCAGCUUCAGUAACACUACAACCAGCUGUUGGUGACACGGGAAAACCAUGUGGUGUUGAUUAUGAAUUAAAAACUUAUGUAGCAGAAGCUAAUGAAGAUAAAUCACAUAAACGAAGUUCUGUUCGAUUAGCAAUUAGAAAAUUAACUUAUGCACCAGAAAUUCCAGCACCACAACCGGUUAUUGAAGCACAUAAAGAUUUUAUGAUGUCACCUGCACCGUUACAUUUAGAAUGUACACUUGAUAAAGAGAUGUAUUAUCAUGGUGAAAGUAUCAAUGUUAAUGUCGUUGUUACAAAUAAUUCGAAUAAAACUUUACGAAAAAUUCGUAUUUCUGUAAAACAAUAUGCAGAAAUAUGUAUGUUUACCAAUGCUCAUUACAAAUGUACUGUUGCUGAAUUGGAAACUGAUGAAGGUUUUCCAAUAACUCCAUGUUCAAAUUUAACAAAAGUUUAUUCAUUAAUACCACUUCUAGCAAAUAAUAAAGAUAAAAGAGGUUUAGCAUUAGAUGGAAAAUUAAAACAUGAAGAUACAAAUUUAGCUUCAUCGACUAUAAUACGAAAUAAUACACCAAAAGAAAAUCUUGGAAUAAUCGUGCAAUAUAAAGUUAAAGUUAAAAUAAUUGUUGCUAUGGGAGGAGAUUUAGCAGUUGAAUUACCAUUUACAUUAACUCAUCCAAAACCUCCUCCAACCUCUUCACUAUCUCAACAACUUGAUCAACAAAAUUUUGAUGAUCAACAACCAAUUGAUGUACCUGUUGAUCAUAAUUUAAUUCAACUUGACACUAAUUUUGGUAAUACUGCUCAUGAUGAUGAUUUUAUUUUUGAAGAAUUUGCUCGAAUACGUCUUAAAGGACAUGAAGGUGGUCUUGAUGAUACUGAAGCUUAA